AGACAGACAAGAGGGCAAACAACCCUCCGGUAAUAUAAUGCUGAUUUAAGACAUGGACAGUGAAGUGGAAAGUUAAAGUGUUGUGCAAUGCCGAGAAAACGCGUCAAUAGAUCACCGCACGUUGACAAAAGAUCGGACGAUCAAGAUGAUGAUGAUUUCUUGUUCGAUGAUACGCAAUCUAGUUCGGGAAGGAGUUCACACGAGCCACAGCACAGGAACGCAGCGAACGCCCGGGAACGGGCUAGGAUGAGAGUCCUCUCUAAAGCAUUUUGCAGGUUAAAGACCACGUUACCGUGGGUGCCGGCGGAUACAAAGCUAUCUAAGUUGGACACACUACGCCUAGCUGCAUCAUACAUAGCUCACCUUCGGGCGUUGCUCGCGCCACGCUCGGCGCACGCGCCGCCACAUCCGCUCAGCUUGGCGUGGCCAUUUGCAUUUCAACAUGGAGGCACUCUAAGUUGUGCGAUAUCGCAAAGAUGGAAUCUGAAUACACAAUCGAGCGAUGGAGCCAGCGAUAAUCAUCGGAAUAAUCUGCAAAUCCAGGAAAAUCUGAACAACGUUAAUUGUAAUGAUACUUAUAAUCAAGAAUACUCAGAGAAUGACUACGAUGAAAGAGGUUACGAAGAAAGAGGUUACGAUGAAGUAAACGAACCUUCAGCGGUAAUGCAAUAUUGUGAUUAUGGAUAUAAAGAAAGUUAUUACGAAAUGAGAAACUCUCAUAAUUGUGAUGCUCUUAUGAAUAACGCGUGAUUGAUAACAGAUUAUAUUUAGUUUUAUGUUUUAUCUAACACGGCCAUUGUAAUUCCAAAGGAUAUAUUAAUAAA